AUGUAUGUUCUUGGGCUGGUGACUUUUGAUUGUGUCAAACCCGACUCCCAAUCUAAAGAUGCUUGGUCUUUUACAGAAGUUGGUGUGAUGCACUGUUGCUUUAAUGUGUGGGUCUCUGCAAUGUUAGUUCCAUUUAAUGCCUUAAUUCCAGUACUGGAUUGCCAGUUACCUAAGCAAAGAAUAUCCUUCUGUAAUUUAAGCUUAUUUUAUUUUAUGUUUGAUAGGUUUUCACAUAUGUUGCACCCUUUCUGUGAAACACUCCUUUCUAGGGCUUUCGUGUUGGGCAUUAAUUUGGCAAUAGCGAUUGCCUUGCACAAUAUCCCAGAGGUAGUCACUCUCUCUUCUUUUCUAGAGGAUUUUCAGUGGGUGUUAACUGUGCUGUUAAGUCUAGAUUCUUUCAAAUUAGCAUCUUCACCUGACACUUUUUUUCUCAGUAGGUGGCAAGCAUUCAAAUUGGCUACGCUCUCUGGUUUUCUGAGCCACUGGGGUAUAGUUGUUUCUUAUAUUUUUCCGAGCAGCUCAAGUCCUGAAAUUCUAGAGGGGCUUCUAGGAUCAGUUGGUGGCGUGAUGGCUUUCCUAACGUUGCAUGAAAUGCGGCCAUUAGUGUUUGCUUAUGCGGGGCAGAAACAAUCUGUCAAGGUUGUGUUCCUUGGAAUGGCUUUCAUGUCCGCAAGUCUCUAUUUCCUUGAAAUCAGCUUACCGAGGACCAUGAGCAGUAACCAUGGAUCAGCCAUUUGGUAUACCAUAAUGUUGUACAUUUCUACACCACUGUAGCGGGUUCUACACCACAGUAAUGGGUUCUAACUUCUAACAUGAUGCCUGCUUUUGUUACAUGGCUCUGAAAACCUGUAUAAUAAUCUCACAUUAUCUAGUGAAAUGUUUCAGAAGUUCAUCUUCGACAGACAUUUGCCUCAAACAAAAGCAAACAGGAUUCAUUCA